CGUUCCGUUUUUGUUGCCCAGGCUGGAGUGCAAUGGCCUAAUCUUGGCUCACCACAACCUCUGCCUCCGGGAUUUAAGAGAUUCUCCUGUCUCAGCCUCCCAAGUAGCUGGGAUUACAGGCACCCUCCACCAUGCCCAGCUAAUUUUGUAUUUUUAGUAGAGAUGGGGUUUCUCCAUGUUGGUCAGGCUGGUCUUGAACUCCCAACCUCAGGUGAUCUGCCUGCCUUGGCCUCCCAAAGUACUGGGAUUACAGGCGUGAGCUACCACACCAGGCCUUUAUAAAGCUUUU